AUGGCGACCCUUGACGAGGCGCUGGAUAAUGAGGGCGGCAAACGCCGCCGGUCGCAUAAGAAAUCAAAAAGGGGCUGUGGUGAUUGCAGGAGACGGCGAGUGAAGUGUAGUGAGGAAAAACCCAGGUGCCAGGCCUGUGUCCGUCGUGGGGUCCAAUGCCAGUAUCCCACCAAAGCUCAAUGCCCGUCUGUGGGACUAUCUCCAUCUUCAACACGUAGUGCUGAAACCUCACCUGGAUCAUCGUUGAUACAACCCGCAAGCGAGGAGUUUAGUAUCUCAAACAAUGCGAACUUCCCAUCCAUCACCGAUCCAGCACUGCUUGAGUUCAGUUCUCCAGAUCUUCGCUCGACCACCUUUGGAAUCCACGACAUGGCCCUCCUUCAUCACUGGACGGUUUCGACCAGUCUUGCCAUGUAUCAGAAUUCCAACAUAUUUAUUUGCUGGCAGAUCGUUGUUCCUCAGUUAGCAUUUAGCCAUGCAUUCGUGAUGCAGGCUAUGCUUAGCCUGGCUGCUCUACACCUUGCAUAUCUCAAUCGACCAGACAAGACGACGCACAUGACAGAUGCAGCCCACCACCACACCCAAGGCCUACAUGGCUUUCAUGAAGCUCUUGGCAGUAUGAACAGCGGAAAUAGCGACGCUCUGUUCAUAUGGUCCGUAUUAAAUAUAAUUUAUGUGUUUAGCAUAUCGGGGCGACUAGGCGACAAAAUCGAGAGCGUCUCGGGCCACAUCAGCCGCAAAGAUCGCAUCCUGGGCGUUGAAUGGAUACCCAUGAUGCGAGGUAUUGACGCCGUCCUACAGCCAACUUAUAAGGAUGUGAAAUCAGGCCCAUUGAGUCGAUUCCUGUGUCUGGGCAACUGGGAUCAACUGGACCCUGAUAAGAGUCCAGAUGCUGAUGAUGAGCACUUCUGUCGCAUCCGAAGCACAUGGGAGCGAGGUGUGGAUGCACAAACCUAUGACGAAACCCUUCAACUUUUAAGAAAGUGUCGCCUAUUUAUCCGGCAAUUUGAGAAAUUGGACGGCGAGGCUCCGACGGAAUGGGGAUUCAAUAGCACAUGGGCAGGACCAUUCACGUUUGUUCAUUUUGCUCCUCAGGAAUACCUCACUUUAUUACAACAGAGGCAGCCCCCCGCACUUAUUCUAUUUGCCUUCUUCGGCGCCCUUAUACAUGCCAUGAAUGAUUGUUGGUUUAUGGAUGGAUGGGGUCAAGAUAUUGUGGAGGCCAUCGACGACUUAUUGGGGAGAUAUUGGAAACCUUGGAUUUCAUGGCCUGUCAGGGUUGUUGGCUUGUAG